AUGCUUACUUCAUCCAUUCUUGGCUACACUGCAUCGUUCUCUGCAUGGGACCUGGGAGAUCUUUGCUACCUCAUACUUAUAUUAGGAAUGUGCAAUUCUCAUCGCCGGGAGUUCGCUGAGGUGAAGGACAAACCUUUCCUCAUUCUAUAUACACCAGGCUCUACUGGUAUCCCGAAGCCAGCGCAUGUCAAUCUCUGCAGCUUCGCCGCCAACGCCGCCUACCAACUUGUACCAUCUCUCAGAGGCAAACCGACUAUGGUCAACUACAUGUAA